GUGUAUUUUUCAAAUUGACUUUGUUUAGUCGAGAAGUUGUGUCUCCAGGCAUUUAUGGUGCGUUCACAUCAAAUGCAUAUUGAGCCUCAGGUGCGUUUACAUUCAAAGUCUAUGUGGAGGCGUGUCAAGGGCAGUUCCGGCGCAUUUUGAACCGUUUUGAGCGUCGAGCGCGUCCGCAUAGAAUUUUAAAGUAAACCAGACCCGCCUGACGCUCAAAACCCGUUUGGUGUGAAUGCACCAAAAGUGCACACACGUCGAACUUGAAUCGUCAAACGCGUUUUUGAGGCGCGUAACGCGUUUGGUGUGAACGCACCAUUACUGAGGCAUAAAGUCCUGUUAUUCUGCGCUUGACAGUAGGUGGUUACCAUAGCAACCAGUAUCUGACAGCUCAUCCGCUUUUUCUGUUGGCGUUUGUAUCUGUGGUAUUAGCUCUGUGUUUUCAUUACAAGGGCAGAAGCUGCUGGACGGAUGUUAACCACCAACUGGAUUUCCUCUUUUGUAAGGGCCAUAGCAUGGGGUGAUGAGGACUCUCCUCGGCUGACCUCGGUGCAGAUGACUAGGGAUGGCCACAGCAUCACCUCCACAUUUUUUGGACGACGUAAUAAAUGAUGGGCAACAGCAGCAGGAGCAGCAAGAAUUCUUGAGCUCUUUGGAGACGGUUUUUCUCACCAUCUUCCUCUCCGUCAUCAUUAUUUUGACUAUGUUUGGCAACCUGUUGGUUAUGGUUGCUCUCUGCAAGGACAGGCAUCUGAGAAGAAAAAAGACCAGCUACUUCAUCGUCUCUCUGGCUUUUGCUGACCUGCUGGUUGCGCUGCUUGUGAUGCCCUUUGCUGCCAUCGAGCUAACCACUGGCCAGUGGCACUUUGGAGAAAUUUUCUGCCUGGUGCGAACCUCUCUGGAUGUUUUAUUGACCACGGCAUCCAUCCUUCACCUCUGCUGCAUUGCACUGGACAGAUAUUACGCCAUCUGCUGCCAGCCGCUGGUCUACAGAUAUAAGAUGACCCCAGUCAGAGUGGCACUUAUGCUCAUCGGUUGCUGGGUCAUCCCCACAUUUAUCUCCUUCCUACCCAUCAUGCAAAAGUGGAACACUAUUGGUAUAGAGGACAUUAUUGAAGAGAAGCAAUCCCUUUCGGGAGGCUCCAACACAAGUUGUGUGUUUCUGGUCAACCAGCCUUACGCCUUGAUCUGCUCUGCUGUCGCCUUCUACGUGCCGCUGGCCCUCAUGGUUUUAGCCUAUCAGCGCAUCUAUGUCACUGCCAUGAUCCAUGUCAGGCAGAUAGAGACUCUUCACCGUGCCGGCUCCUUUCCGCCUACACAUUCGGACCAGGUCAUGACCAUACAGUCUUCCAACUCCUCGGAUCCACGGAAUCACUACCGCCUGAGGACAGCAACCGGGCUCUUGUCCUCAGAACAGUCUCAAAGAAGACACAGACGCAUGCGCAUUGAGACGAGAGCAGCAAAGACACUGGCGAUCAUAAUGGGCUGCUUCUCCCUGUGCUGGGCGCCAUUUUUCAUCACGAAUGUGGUGGACCCCUUCAUCCAUUACUCUGUACCCUGGCAGGUUUGGACAGCCUGGCUGUGGCUGGGGUACAUUAACUCAGGAUUGAACCCCUUCCUGUAUGCCUACCUGAACCAGGCUUUUCGAAGGGCGUUCCUCGUGAUUCUUUGCUGCGGAGACGACCGUUACACUCAGCAGGGCACCUGCUCCACAGGCUUCCACAGGCCAUCCUCCGUCCAGUCAGUCAAUGGGACCUCCAUGGCUCUGAGAUUGUCCUUCCUGCCAAACAGAAGCUACAGCGAUAAUGGCCAGACAAUCCUUGCCAUCGAACAAGAGUCUCAGGACUCUCUUGGGCCCCUGUGAGGAUAACUUUACGGGAACAGAACUGUGAACUGCUCAUCAGAUUUAGGGGACAUUUAACGCCAAUGUCUUGGCAUCUGUGAUCUUAAAGAGUGUACUUUAAUGCUAGCUGAUUUUCCAUAGUGAUGCAGUUCCCUCAUGAUCCUUGGCUGUUUCAUAACAGCAAUGUAAUAGCUCAGUGAAGAUGAACUCUGCUUACAGAAUGUGACAUACAAGACAACUGCUGCUACUCUUAAAAUCUAAUGUUUAAUUUAAAAAAAAGUACAAUAUAAGUGCAUUUUUGAGGUAAGCAUAAAGCAUAUUGAGGUUGAAAUGGAGAUCUGAUGUUACGCUUUUAUUUUAUAUUUUGAAAUGUACAAACUCAAUGUGAUUUUUGAGCACUAGAUGGCAGUAAAGCAACCAUUGAUGUCCUUCUUGCCAAAUGGGAAGGCAGAAUAUGAUAUUUCAAUUAAUAACUGACAAUGAAAAGCUGAUAAAUGAAUGUAUCUUAACAAUAACAAGGGUUUACCUCCAUUCGGUUUUUGAUGUCUGGUUGAACGCUGACUGUCUCCAGCCCAGAAAACGUCUCCCAAAUUAUGAAUUUUAAGGUGGAUAAAAAGCCAUCCAUUGAUUCAUAUCCGUUUUUUCUUUAUUGUUCAACUCUCUUUUUUCCCCCUUUCACUCAUGAGCUUAGGCUUUAAAUUUCAUGAAUCAAAAUAAAAAUAAUUUUGGUUCAUGCUUCAGCAAAAGGGAGCUUGUUUAAAUCUUAUGAAGCAUUAUGAUCUGAUGCAAAUCUCAUUGAUCAUGUUUAUUAAAUAUAAACAUGAUAUAUAUAUUUUACAAAAUUCUUGAAAUUUCUUGCAAUUUCAAUUAAGUAACUAAGGUCAAAUUACAACUUAUAGUUUAAUUUCUUUUCAUCCGUGUCUUGGAGCUGUAAUCUAAGACCUCCUAGUUACCAUAGAUAUAAUUGACACAGAUACCCAUUUUUUGCUCUCUCUGUAAAAUUAGUAGAAAGUACUACAUGGAAAUAUCUUUUUCACAAUCAGAGUAAGACUUCAAAAGUUUCAAACAAGGUGUGACCAACAAAGGCGAGUGAAGUUCUAGCUUAUAUCUCUAGCACACAGAGUGAGGACAAUGGAGGGUAAACUAAAAGAGGGAAAAAUGCUCGAUUGCCCAUCGUUGUGCAACUGCAGCAAUGAGUGACACACCUAUCACUAUGUAUCCAUAACGACCAUUGGACUCCAUCUACAAGGCAGGAAAAGCCUUAGCUCCUAUAAUCACAUACCAAACGCUGCUGGAACUUUAACUGGAACUGUGUGGUGUGGUUAAAUGAUACGAAGAUUGAGAUUUAUUUUUUCCUAGCAAACACUCAAGGGGAGUCUCUAAGAAAAAGGAGUAAUAUGUGGGAAUGCUACCUGUUAGGUGUAGUGGAGGUUCUGUUUCUCUUCCAAAGGUGGCAUGUUAGAGUGUAUAGUCUCUGGACAUUUUGGAAUCCUAGGUGGUUUUAAAUAAAAAUCCAGUGACUUCUGCCAGAAAACUGAAAAUAGAUGGCUCUUAGGUCUUUCAGCAGGAUAAUUGUGGUCAACUCAAGACAAAUGACUCACUACACUCAGUAACAACCUUUUUUUCUUGGUCAUGUCAUGUUGCUUCAGAAAGCAAGGAGAACUGAAGAGAAUAGAGACUGUAAAGAGGAACUGUCAAAGCGUUUCUCAAAAAUGUAUUUUAAUUCAAAAUGAAGAGAACAGCAGUAAUAAAAUAUUUUUUAACUGAUUACCUGAUUGGAAAUAACAUAGAGCCUUCUUGCAAUCAUACAUCAGAAGGAAUGCAUUACCCUUUUAAAAACAUUUUACUCCUGCACACUUUAGUGCGUCCUAUCUGAUCCUAAGGCUUUGUCUCACAGUCCCACAGAGCCGAUGCAGUAUUUUGGUUUUACUCUAAGGUGGUGCUAACAACAGAAAGAUAUUUUUAACCAUACAAGACAUAAAGCCAAUAGUUUGUCCUUUUAAGGACCGAAGGAAACCAGUAGUGUUGCUAUUUUGGUGAGAACCAAGGGCUAGCUGCCUUUUCUUUAACAAAUCGGUCCACUGAGAGGGGAAAAAUGUUUCUUAUUUCAUUCAACACAUAAGAGGUCAGGCUGACCUACAACUUUAAAAUAAGAGUCGUCUUACUUUGUCUGAGAAAUAAGCAUGUGCGAAGUGGCUGCCAUGUGAUCACAUCAAAACAGAAUAAGUUUCCCAAAUCAAUUGACUUUUUUAGCCAUAUAUUUGCUCUUCUGCUCUAAAACAAAAAAGAAAAACUGAUAUUUAAAAGUAGUUCGAACAAGAUUACUGACUCAGGUAGUGAUGGCCAUCUGAAGCCAGAUGUGUGGGUGUACCGAGUAAAAAGGGGGCGUGUCAGAUUAAGUCACGCUUCGAUGCUUGUUUCGUCUUGCUGAAAACCACGUGACUGACAACAAACGAUGCCUCGCAUUGCAUGGGUCACGUGACUGCUUCAUUUUGCGUGUCGGUUUUCAAAAUGAAAGCGUGAUGAGCCGUGCCGCUUCAUGGGUUGUGGUAUUUGAUCGCGCGUCAGAGGAGUAUUUGUUUUCAGCAGUGGACGAAAUAAAAGGAACCUUGACCAACAUAGUUCAUGUGUAUUAUUAGUUUUGAUGAUGGGACUCAUCAAAAUGUAAUGUUUGUUACCGGUUUUCUCAAUUGUUGAUAAUGGUAUAUUUUUGACUUUAUAUUUGUGUGUUUUUAUUAUGUAAAGAACUUUGAAACUGCAUUGUUGCUGAAUUGUUCUACACAAAUAAACUUGAUUGAAAUGGAGCCAGCAAGAGGGGAAAAAAAUCAUCUGCGAAUACUUUGAGAUUAUCGCUCACAAGAUUCUUAAAUAAAAAUAAUUAACCUCCAAAAUUCUCACCUUCUUGAAAGGUCCACUAUUUCUUUAUUCUGCAAAGAUAUAUCAGUCUUGCACAGCAGAAACAGACUUAAAACUGUUGGAAGAGUAAAAUUCUGGCUGAUGAGUGAAAAUAUAAGGGAUCAGAGAGCCAAUAGAAAUCCAAGAAAAAGAACAUUUUUGAAGAAUUUUAGUUUUUCAGGAAGCAAAUCAAAACUCAAAGAAUGUCUGCCCCAACAAGCACUGCACUCCGAAUACACUAAAACAAAUGUCUACUGUCAAAUCAGUCUGAGUCACAAUGCUCUAUUAGUUUCAACAGCAGAUGUCACUAGUGAGAAAUGAGUGAACCACCGAGUAAUGAACUUUUGGGUGAAACAAUGGGCUGGGAAGCUUCACUGCUUCACGAGGGUUCAUUUGGCCGUCACUAGACUCAGAACCUAUAGUGUCAUGUUUGCCAUUGGAGUCAGGGGGAAUAGAAAACUUACAAAACAUGAGGGAGUCACAGAAGCCAGGGGAAGAUCAACCAUAGGAACCAGUAGAGAAGAGCAGAACAUGAGAGACUGGGGAAUGUGAUUACUGGCGUGAAGGCAGGAGAGCUUAAUUAGCAGAAUGGAUGUCAGCUGUGACAUCCUGACCUUAGCAGCGUUUCCGUUAAAAAUUUGCUCUGCACUUUGUUGACAUUCUACUAAAUAUCGAAAAGCACAAUUUUGAAUCUUACUUAAAAUCACACGUUAAUAAGUUUGUUAAUGCAAUUAGUCAUUAAAAAACUUAUGCGAUGCCAUCAUCUUCCAACAACUUCCUGUUAUCGUUUCCGCCUGUAUUAACGUCCCGUUGUUGAUCACGUGACUCGUGUGACGCAGAAACUUUUUCCAUUGCAGUUUUGAGAUUCUGAUACACCUUUUGUCGUGAGUUUUUUCGAAAUUGGCGUGUUUCCAUUAAGCUAAGUUUUUUUGUAAUUCCAGUUUGCACAAUUAUAUUCAAGCUUAUAGUCCACAGUUUUUGGACUGUGGGAGAAGGACGGAGUGGCUGGAGAGAAAACACAAAGUUCCUGAAAAACUUCCAAAGUAAAACAAGAACUAAGAUCUAUAACCAUAACUAAACACUGUGACUCACAAAAGAAAAUAAAUACACGUAUAGCACAGAAACGGAAUGAACAGAACAAGGUAAAGAAUGAAAAAUACUGGAUACUGAAAGUCCCAAAGAUUAUGAUAUAUAGUGACAGUUCAGACGGAAAGGAGACAUUCAGGAUGAGUUGUUGAAAUUAUUUCUCAAGUGCUGUUCAUCUUAGGUUUUUAUUUUUUAUUUUUUUAACUGUCAUUAAAAAUGUGUGUUUAUGGAAAUUGUAGAGAGAACAGGCUGGGGAAUGGAAAAAAAAGCCUGUUUUAGUCUAGCCACUAGGUGUAGCAGCAGCACCGGAAACUGGGAUGGUCCUCUGUGGAUAAAAGUCUGUACAUAAGAAUUUAUGUCUGCUUAUUGAUAACAAAAAUCUACAAUAAUAAAAACAGCAAAAAUGUGGUCAAUGACAUCACCUGCCUUCCAUUAUUAUUAUAUGAACAAUAAACUUCGAUAUCAACCAAAUAAUUACUCUCGCAAAUUAAAAUGCAGACAGAUGGGCCUUUUGAAAGUUAAAAAAGGUUUUCCUCAAUCAGAAGAGGAAAAAUAUGUUUUACAAAGUAGUUAAUGUUAUUGUUGUUUCUGGAAUUACCAAGUGAGAAUCUGUAUAAACAUUUGCCCUUAUUAAAAAUAUAAAUGAUU